CACGUGCCCGUAUACGUCAGAGGUCAGAGGGCCAGUUGAAGGAGACAAGAUGGCAGCCUCGUCCAAGAAGGUUUUGGAGGUGUUUGUGUCCAGAAUCCCCUGGACCAUAGCCAGCAAGGAGAUGAAGGAGUAUUUUGGACAGUUUGGCCAAGUGAAGAGGUGUUUCCUUCCAUUUGACAAAGAGACGGGCUUCCACAGAGGGUUCUGCUGGGUUGGAUUCUCCUCAGAGGAGGGACUGAACAACGCGCUGCAGAAGGACCCUCAUGUUAUUGAAGGAGCAAGGCUUCAGGUUCAAAGGAACAGACGUCCCUUCGAAGGACAGAAGUCCAACAAAGAUGGACAUCUUGACUGAAACCUAGUGGUUCUGCUGAGCAGAUAAGACCAAACAGAUGUUUUUUUUUUGUUGGACUCCUUCAUUCCUGCUGUUUUAUGAAUAAACCAUUCAGACGGAAGCACGAUCAACAUGUCUGCAUGGAUCCCAACAUCAGAAGGAAUUUCUUCAUCAUCCAGUCCCACUGGAACUGAGCCUCAAUGUUACUGUCAGUUUUUUAAAGGGGUGCCCACCGAUAAAUUCUGGAUUCAUUGUGAGGAAUAUUUCUCUCCAUCACAUCCUGUCAGUUUUUUUCAGGCAAUAAAAAUAUUUAUUGCUACUA